AUGAUAACACUAGCUAUCGCACUGGUUGCAGUCGUCCUGGUGUACAUAUACGGUACAAGAACAUACAAAUAUUGGGAGAAACGAGGGGUCAAAUAUGUUAAACCAAUACCAUUCCUCGGGACAUACGGAAGCGUCUAUAUUAUGCAAAAGAGUGUAAGCCAAAUUAAUGUCGACGCGUACUGGAGCUACCCUAACGAAAAGGUGGUGGGACAAUUCUGGGCAUCAAAACCGCAGUUAUUGAUAAGAGACCCGGAGAUCAUUAAACGGAUCCUAGUUACAGACUUUGCACAUUUUUACCCAAGGGGUUUAAAUCCGCACAAAGAAGUGAUUGAGCCGCUAUUACGAAAUUUGUUUUUUGCGGACGGUGAUCUAUGGCGACUACUGAGACAACGUAUGACGCCAGCGUUUACUAGUGGUAAAUUAAAAGCGAUGUUUCCAUUAAUCGUGCAAAGAGCUGAGAAACUACAGACACGUGCUCUUACUGGUUCAAAUAGCGGGCAGGUGCUAGACGCGAGAGACCUAAUGGCACGGUAUACAACCGAUUUCAUCGGAGCUUGUGGCUUUGGACUCGAUGCAGACUCACUCAGUGAUGAAAACUCAGCAUUUAGAAAACUAGGCGCAAAGAUAUUCACUUCAGGUCCCAAAGACAUUUUUAUAGCAAUGUUAAAGGAAGUGUUCCCCGAUAUGUGCAAGCAUUUGAAGUACUUAAACCGUGUUGAAGAAGAUAUGAUUAAUCUUGUUAGGAGUGUUCUGAAAGAUAGAAAUUACGAACCAUCGGGAAGAAACGAUUUUAUUGAUUUAUUAUUAGAAUGUAAGCAAAAGGGAACAAUGGUAGGCGAGUCAAUAGAGAAAACAAAACCUGAUGGCACUGCAGAAUUAGCCACAUUAGAAUUAGAUGAUGAGCUUUUAGCUGCGCAAGUUUUUGUAUUUUUUGCUGCUGGUUUUGAAACUUCUUCAUCCGCAACGAGUUUUACAUUGCACCAGCUUGCAUUUAAUCCGAAUGUACAGGAAAAAGUUCAAGAAGAAAUCGACCGAGUUCUUGCUAAGUAUGAUAAUAAAUUAAGCUAUGAUGCCGUUAAAGAAAUGACGUACUUAGAAUGGACUUUCAAAGAGGCUAUGAGGAUUUUUCCAUCCCUUGGUUUUUUAAUCAGAGAAUGCGCUAAACAAUAUACUAUUCCUGAAAUUAACUUAACAAUUGAUCAAGGUGUUAUAAUAGCAAUUUCAGUACAGGCACUACACAAUGAUCCAAAGUAUUUUCCUAAUCCAGAAAACUUCAGGCCCGAAAGAUUUGACCCAGAGGAGUUAAGAUCUGUAGAAAAAUAUGUUUAUUUACCAUUCGGUGCAGGGCCUCGUGUUUGCAUUGGUGAACGACUGGGCCUAAUGCAGUCGUUGGCGGGGCUGGCUGCAUUGCUGUCUCGUUUCUCAGUGGAGCCAGCACCUAAAACUUUAAGAUAUCCAAAGAUCAAUCCAGCUUCCGAUAUUGUACAAGUUAUCCAAGGUGGACUACCGCUUCGCUUUAUAAAACGAGCAGCAAAAUGA